AUGAGUGGAACUGAUGAUAAUUCGGCUGUAGGUGGCUUAUUACACUUAUUGAGGGCCACUAAUAAUGGUGCUGCAGACGGUACUGGUAUUUACGUUUUAGUAAACCAAGCACACAAUUUGUUAGGAAAUAACAUUCCACCAGUAAUGGUUGAAUAUACUAUGGGAUUACAAAACAACUUGUUUGGCUCAUAUCCUGAUAACAAGGAUAUCGCACCCAGUGCUGUGUUCUUAGCAUGUUUCGCAGUAAUCGGUAUUGCGCAUUUAGUAUUAUUCCUCAUUAACUCUUCUAGAGGACACUAUUUCUAUUUAUCGUUGAUAUGGAUGUUUUAUUGUGUAUUGAAGGUGAUCGGGUGGACGCUUAGGAUUGUGUGGGCUAAAGAUAUUACCAAGGUGCAAUUAGGAAUUGCGGAUGAGGUGUUGUUAAUUUUGUCGUCGAUUAUCUUGGUUGCAGUCAAUUUGAUAUUGGCCCAAAGAUUGUUUACAUGGAGACAUCCUGUUGGUGGUUCCAGAAAGUUGUUUAACAAUACUAUGUACUUGCUUUAUGCUGUUGUUGCUGCUGUUAUCGCGAUGACUAUUGUGUCAUCAGCUGUGCCAUAUGUAUACUUAUUAUCCACCUAUGCGUACGAGAGCUAUAAGAAUGUGGUCAAAGUGAGUGCUAUCUUGAUUAUAUUGUAUUCAUUAACAGCUGUUAGUUUAAUCUCCUUGUCUUAUUUCUUCAAGCCAACCGCGAAGGAUGAAAACUUAUACACGUACCAACCAUGGUGGAUUGAAUCGUUCCAUCCGUUUUAUUUUGUUCGUCCUAAUGCUGCGCAGGAGGCCGAAGAUACAUUUAUGAAGAGAAACCAUAAUCACCGUCACGCAAUUAGGGUUAUUGCUUCGACGCAUCAUCAUUACAAGAUGGUCGAAGGUUUAACUAAUCAAAGAGGUACUUUGGCUCAUAACAAAUCCUUAGCUAUUAUCAUGUUCACCACUUUGGCAAUCUUUGUGGAAUCUAUAGUCAGAGCUGUAGCAGUGUUUCAAGCAAGAGAGAACAGAGAUGCAGGUCCAGCAUGCAAUCCAAUUGCCGCAUACAUGUGCUGGGGAGUAUUGGAAGUUUUCGUUAAUAUAGUCUAUCUUGUCGGCAGAGUUGACUUAAGAUUUUAUAGACCAGAUGUUUUACCGGCUAAAAUUAGGUCUAUUAUUACGGCUGAACAAACGUACUAUCCCUCAGAUAAUGAGUCAGACGAGAUCACUUCUUCAACAGGAGACGCAGAAUAUUACCACAGCGAUGACGAGAAACCUAAUAAUAAUGCAUUUCAUUUCGAAAACAGAGGAAACCAGAGUGCUGGUGCUCAUCCUUAUAAUAAUCUUACCAGCCAGAGAUUCCCUAACGAGAAAGCACCUGGAUAUCCUACGGAAAAGUACCCUAAAGAAAAGUUCAUGUCAGAUGACUUUGACGACGAUGAGAAACUUGAUUUCGACGAUCAUGAUUCAGAUUUCUACUUCUAA